ACAAAAGAGCAAAAUAAAAUUUCUUUAUGUUGUUUUUCGCUUAAAAUCUCUCAAAACCAGUAAAAGUAUGCGAAAUUAAUAGAAUAAAAUCGAAAUUUGUGUCUAAAAUAACAGAAAAUGUGAAUUAAAAAUGUGCACAUCAAACUUUUACUCGAGAUAUCGACGAUUUAUGCGACCACUGUUGAUUCUGAUCUAUUUGCUGCUCUUGAUUCUCGUCGUCCCGUACCUAAUUGUGAACUCCGUGAAGGAUGGAUUCAAAAGCAAGGACCAGCUCGUACUCAUCAGUGGACUUUUCGUCAUUCUGGCACUGCCAAUUAGCUUUUGGCAUAUUUCGCAGCACAUCGUUCAUUUUACGAAGCCGGCCUUGCAAAAACACAUAAUCCGAAUACUGUGGAUGGUGCCGAUUUACGCUUUAAAUGCCUGGUUCGGUUUGUUAUGGCCAGCGCACUCAAUUUAUAUGGAUUCCGUACGCGAAUGCUACGAAGCCUAUGUGAUAUAUAACUUCAUGAAGUAUCUUUUGAAUUACUUGAAUCUCCAGAUGGAUUUAGUGGCAAACCUAGAAGAUAAGCCCCAAGUGAAACACUUUUUUCCGUUGUGCUGUUUGCCCACAUGGGAGAUGGGGCGGGAAUUUGUGCAUAAUUGCAAACACGGAAUCUUACAGUACGCCGUUGUUCGACCAAUUACCACAUCAAUCGCUUUCAUUUGCGAGAUGAACGACGUGUACGGCGAAGGUCAAUUCAAGUUCAAUGUCGCCUACAUUUACAUCCUCUUCAUCAACAACAUCUCCCAAACGCUCGCCAUGUACUGUCUCGUGCUCUUCUACAAGGCAAAUCGCCAAGAAUUGUCCCCCAUGAAGCCGCUACCAAAGUUUCUCUGCAUCAAAGCCGUCAUUUUCUUCUCGUUCUUCCAAGGGGUCCUCAUCGAGUUCCUCGUCUACUUCGGAUUUAUCAGCAACGUCUUCGGCGAAGACGAUUUUGACAAAACGGAUCCGCAUUUACUCUCGACCAAACUGCAAAAUUUCCUCAUUUGCAUCGAAAUGUUCCUCGCUGCGGUGGCGCAUCACUAUUCCUUCCCGCACAAACCGUUCCACAUCAACGCCCCGAACUACGACAACACGACAAAUCGCGGCUUCUUGAAUGCGCUCAAGACAAUGCUCGACAUCAGCGACGUGCGUGACGACAUUGGCGAACACAUUGGCGUUGUGGGAAGUUCCUUUGCGCGUCGCUUGCAGGGACGAAGUAAUUAUUAUCACGUUCCGCGAGGACGAGUCGGGGGCGAACGUGAAUAUCUCAUCACGGAUCAAUUGAAUUAUCAGUCGUCGUCGUCGACGACGGGAGCGAAACACGCGAAUCGCUACGGAGCGAUGAAUAUCGUGAAGCCGCCGCCGAAACGCGAAGAUGACGGAUUUGUGCAGGCAAAUCUCUUCAGCGUGAAUUAUCCGUUAUCGACGCAGAGCAGCAUGACGCAGUCGUCUUCGAGUCGCACCGAGACGGAAAAUACCACGACAGGCGGCGGCGGCAACUCCUCGACGCAGAACAUUAAAAAGUCUGAUAGUAGUAAUAGUGAUUGGAUUGCCGGCGGCGGAGGCGGCAUCGUGGAGCAGCAACCAAAUGAUUUUAUCGAGGUCAAUGUCAGAGGACGCGAACAAACUCACAUUAAUUACAAAUAUGAGGGAGACAAGAAGACCUAAAACCGAAAAUUGAGUGUGAAUCGUACUAGAAAUUGUUUUUUUUUCGCUGCGUGAAUGUUGAAUUUAUUUUUUUUAGAGAUUAAGAAGUGUUUGUUAGUCACUUUUCUCCUUUAUUUACAUUUAUUCCCCGUAAUUUAGUUUACACGAGUAGCAUGUAGGCUAGAAUUAACGAAUGAAUCCGUUUUAUUUUAUAAGUUUAUGUUUAAAAGAGUUAGAAGUAAAAAAAAUAAAAUAUAUUCGAUAUUUUC